UCAGAUGCGGGUUACUCGAAUCGUGUAAGUAGGUACCGAGGACCAGACUUUCAACCCUAGAUCCGGUUAGAUCCAAUUCAAAUACAGAUUCGAUCCGUUGCACACCCCCUAUUGCAAAUAACACAAACGUUACAAUAGUUGGUAGAGGAUGGGCAAAUCAUUAAGCAAAGAUGCAUAGAACUUAGAAUAUCAAAUGUCAUUUCAAAAUGGAAAAAAUUAAAUAUCCUCCAUGAAAAUUUCUCUCCUCAGUCACUUACGUGGGCUCGUGUAGGAGUGACAACACCAUGGUCAGUGGGCCUUCCCGAGUUACUGGAUCGCGGAUGAGUCAACCCGGGCCUCAUCCAUAGCCCAUAACCGAAACUUGUGGCUCUCCCGUUGUCAGUCGAUGAUCUUUUCCCGCUCUCCCGCCGCCGCCGCCGUCUCCGCUCCGCUGCUUUCCAAUUUCACUGCUGCGUCGUCUCCAUCGAUGCUGCCAGUUCUUUCUAGUUUCCAUCCACCAUGAACCAAUCCCCAUCUCUAUUCCGCCCGUUGAGCUCCUUCUCCGUCUCUACAGUUCCCUCUGUCCCAACACGCAGAGUCUCCAAUGUGUCGGGGUUUCGCUCUGAUCGCCGCCAUUACAGUUGCCGCUCUCCGCUCCGCACCGCCAGAUGCGUCAACGCUGACGUCCCUGUGGCUGCAGAAGCCAUGACGGCAGCGCCUUCUUCCCCGACCGGGGAAAAUCGCGUGAUCGCGUCCAAGACGAAGAAGGGAAAGGGGGAGCUGGAGAUCUUGGAGGAAAAUAUUGAGAAGGUCGUGUAUCGUUGCCGGUUUCUGGCGAUUCUUGCUGUCUUCGGUUCCUUGAUUGGAUCAUUCUUAUGCUUCAUCAAGGGUUGCGUAUAUGUUGGAACUUCGUUUAUGCAGUAUUUCGCCACUCGUGGAAAAGUGAUCAUAUAUCUGGUAGAGGCCAUAGAUGUCUAUCUAUUGGGGACGGUAAUGCUAGUUUUUGGGAUGGGUCUUUAUGAGCUCUUUGUUAGCAACCUCAGCCCUUCAAAGACGUCACCAGGAGAAACAAUGGCAGAUCGAUCUAAUCUGUUUGGCAUGUUCACCUUGAAGGAGCGGCCUAAAUGGUUAGAGGUGAAGACUGUGAACGAGCUGAAAACCAAGCUCGGCCACGUGAUAGUGAUGCUCCUUCUGAUUGGUUUUUUCGAGAAGAGUAAGACGGCAGCUAUACACUCCCCUCUAGAUCUGCUAUGCUUUGCAGCUUCUGUGCUUUUAUGUUCUGGUAGCCUUUUCUUGUUAUCCAAGCUUAGCGACUCGAAAUCAGGUCAUUUCCUUGCCUAAUGAACCCAUAACAGAGGGCUUAAAAGGGAUGUAAGUCAUGGAUGUAUAUAUGUAGAUUUCAGGAAUGUAUUAUGGACAUGGAUUACAAAUGUAAUGCUCUCCUAUCUUCUCUAUCUAUACAGUCCUAGCUUAUCCACUAUUCGGAACUCAACCAUUUCUUAAUUUUGGUGGAAGAAUGAUUUUCUGCAUCUAUAUGUGAUAGGAAAGGGGUUAGAGUCGAAUAGAACUGAAACCUGUGC